AUGCGAUCCCCAUUUAUCCUAGCCUUUGGUCUUGUGGCUCUCGUUACGGCUGUUUACGGCGCAGGCUCAACCACGGGAACGGACUCCUCCUCGUCCACUUCGUCCACGUCUCCAACGUCCUCCAGUUCCACCGCCUCUACAUCUCCAACUUCCUCGAAUUCCUCUACGUCUCCAUCUUCCUCGACCACCUCUAAGUCUACGGGUCCGUCUUCCUCGACCACCUCUACGUCUACUUCUCCAUCUUCCUCGACUUCCUCUACUUCCCCAAGCUCUUCGACAUCCACAAGUCCUUCCAGCACCUCACCAACGACUUCAGCCACUUCCACGAGUUCCAGUACUCCGACUGCGGCUUCCACGCCCACUUCUUCCUCGACGCCCAGUGACUCGUCGUCAUCGAGUUCCAGCAGCAGCAGCUCUUCCAGGCGAAAGGCGAAGCGUCGCCAGCAGAGGCGUCGCGAGAGGCGCCAGGAAAGACGCCGCGAGAGGAGGCAACGCCAGCGCAACCGCAACCGUCGGGGUUAA